AUGCCGCCGAAAGGUCCGAAGAAAACGUUAUGGGUCGAUUGCGAGCGUUGUGGUUGUAGCAUAACCUCCAAUGAUAAGAAUAUACACGUUGAAUUAAACUGUGGGAAAGAUCAGUUGAAAUGUCCUUACGUUGAGGACGGGAAGUUGUUUACCUGGCUUCAGAGGACAGGAGUGGCUCCUGAUGGGGCUCCUCGCGACGCUGUGCUUGUGCACCCAUCCGCGGGAACACUGAUUGGGGCAGUUAUCGGGUGCCCUUUACAGUUAAGCAGAGAAGGCGCCCCUAUGAUGGUGAAGCGAAUGUGGCCAUCCAAAGCGUCUGCUCCAGCCGCUGUUAUUUUGCCAGCAGCUGAUCUAUCCAGUGCUUGGAGCAAUGACAGUAUGAAAGUGACAGUCUCUGUAGUCCAGGAGGAUAUACCGAAGGUGUCUCGCAUCACCGUCAGACUCAACAACCAUAAAACUGAAACAGAUAUUUGUGAUAUUUUGAAACAGCAUUUUUACAGUAAUUUUGUUUGUAGUGGAAGCAUUUUAGUUUAUUACUAUUUUGGUAAGAAACUAGAAAUUGAGGUACUAGAUAUCAAAUCUGAAAUAGUAGAUCAUAAGGGUUGGUUUGUUCUAACUGAAAAUAGUAUUUGGAGCAUGCACAAGGAAAGUGCUCCCAAACCUAAGAAAAAGGCACAAACUCUGGGCGGUGUUGAUGAUAUUUUAGAAGAAAUACAAACUUUUAUCAAAAUAUCAUUCAACAUGGAUGGCCUCGCAGCAAGCUUCCAGCCUACAAGAGGCUUGUUACUGUAUGGUCACUCUGGAAUAGGUAAGACAGCUAUAUGCAAAUACUUAAUAGAAAAUCUCAACUGCUUCCAUAUAGAAAUCAAUGGCCCGGCCAUCUUUAGUAAAUAUUUUGGUGAAACUGAAGGAACAAUGAGGAGCCUUUUUGAAAAGGCUAUGCAGAACCAACCAAGUAUCAUAUUAGUUGAUGAAAUAGAAACUAUAUGCCCCAGGAGGUCUUCAGGCAGUACGGAGCAAGAAAGGAGAAUUACCUCAGCCUUUGUGAACAUGUUGGAUAAUCUACACUCGGAGAACAGCAGAGUUUUUGUACUAGCAACAACAAGGAAACCAGAAAACAUAGAUCCUAUGCUAAGACGUUUUGGAAGACUGGACAAAGAAAUAGAGAUACCUGUACCAGACAGAAUAAGGAGAAAAGAAAUACUUUACAGUUUGCUCAAAAAUCUCCCCAACAAAAUAUCUUCUGAAGAUCUUGAGAAUAUUGCAGAUUUAGCACAUGGUUAUGUGGCUGCAGAUUUGGUGAAUCUCUGCACGCAAGCUACCAUGAAGUGCAUAAAACGGUCCAGUGACUGCAUUGAGCGAGAUGAUUUGAUUGCAGCACUGACCAUCGUCAGGCCUAGUGCUAUGAGAGAGCUGCUCAUAGAAAUACCUAAUGUUAGGUGGUCAGACAUCGGCGGACAAGACGAUUUGAAGCUUAAGUUACGUCAAGCUGUGGAAUGGCCUUUGAAGCAUGCCGAAAGUUUUCGAAGACUCGGUGUCAGGCCUCCAGGUGGUGUCCUACUGUACGGACCACCUGGCUGCUCAAAGACAAUGAUAGCCAAAGCUUUAGCUACCGAGAGUGGUUUAAACUUCCUCUCUAUAAAAGGUCCGGAACUAUUUUCAAAAUGGGUCGGCGAAUCUGAGAGAGCUGUCAGAGAUUUGUUUACGAAAGCUCGUCAGGUUGCGCCGUCUAUUAUAUUUUUUGAUGAAAUGGAUGCGAUAGGAGGGGAGCGAGGAGCAGGCGAGGCUGGUGUACAUGAGAGAGUUUUGGCUCAACUACUGACAGAGUUGGAUGGCGUGGUGCCAUUGAACUCGGUGACAAUAUUGGCAGCAACUAAUCGUCCAGACAGAAUGGACAGAGCGCUCCUCAGACCAGGUCGCCUGGAUCGAUUGAUUUACGUUCCCCUUCCAGAUUUCGAAACACGAUUACAAAUAAUAGAGUUAAAAUUAAACAAAAUGAGUGUUAGUGAUGAUGUUAACUCUCAUGUGUUGGCUACAAAGACAGAAGGGUUUUCAGGAGCUGAGCUGCAGGCUCUCUGUCAUGAAGCUGCUCUAAGAGCUCUCGAGAAAGAUUUGGAUUGUCCAGAAGUGACUAUGGAGCAUUUUGAACAUGUGCUUAAAGAUUUUAAGCCAAGAACUCCCGAGUCUCUGUUGAAGGUCUAUCAAGAAUUUGCUUUGGGACAGAAAUCUGGAUGA